AUGAGCGCUUCUUCUCAACGCCCGGCGCAGCCAAUGGGUCUCAGCAGCUUCAGAAACCCGGUCGCAUGCUUGUUUAUCACCAUGUUAACAGUCUACGUACUUUACUCUUCCAAGCUCAUUCUUCGUAAAGACGAAUAUCCCAAAUGUUCUUUACAGACUUCAGACGUAUCUGCGAAAGAAAAUCUUCAAACGGUUCUUCCUCAGCCUGCCAACAGCUCUUCUGAUGAAAGUAAGAAACAAGAGCAGCCGCCACCAGUGCAGCCUGUUAUUAUCCCUUAUACGCCCCCAGAAAACGACACCGAGAUUAAACACGUCGUUUUUGGGAUUGCUGCAUCGUCGAAUUUGUGGGAGAAAAGGAAAGAGUACAUAAAGCUAUGGUGGAGACCCGAGGAGACUAGGGGGGUAGUAUGGUUAGAUGAAAGUGUGAAUGCUAGUAAAGAUGAAGUUAAUUUGCCUGAGAUUCGGAUUUCUGGAGACACGUCAAAAUUCCAGUAUACAAAUCGACAAGGUAAAAGAUCAGCAUUGAGGAUUUCCAGGGUUGUCUCUGAGACAUUAAGAUUGGGAGUGAAAGAUGUGAGGUGGUUUGUUAUGGGGGAUGAUGACACAGUUUUUAUUAUAGAAAAUGUGCUGAGAGUGCUUUCUAAAUAUGAUCACAAACAGUUUUACUAUAUUGGAAGUUCUUCAGAAAGUCAUAUUCAGAACAUAUUUUUCUCAUAUGGAAUGGCUUAUGGUGGAGGGGGAUUUGCCAUAAGUUAUCCAUUGGCAAAAGAACUGGAGAAAAUUCAGGAUGGGUGCAUACAAAGGUAUCCUGCAUUAUAUGGCAGUGAUGAUAGGAUUCAGGCUUGCAUGGCUGAGCUAGGGGUCCCACUUACCAAAGAAACUGGUUUUCAUCAAGUAAGUCUAAAAGUUAUUAAAGUCGAAGAACAAAUUUUGUUUUAA